GCAGGAGAAAAGAGGCAGGAGGGACGUCGAGCGAAAGGAAAGGAGGGUAUCGAGCUGCCUGUACAUUUCGUUUCAGAUUGAGGAGUUCACUGAAGUACAGGCGCUCGUAACGGAGGAGGAAGGGGAAAGAGAACGGGGGUAAGUAAGCGGGCUGGGAGAAGAGGAGGAGAGAGGACGAGAAGGUGGAGGUGGAGUAGAACGCAGACGAGGAGGAGGACAGGCGCAAGUGACCAUCAAAAUCCGUUCUUUGUCAGUUCAUUGUGUUUUGGGGUGGCACUGCGAUAACGUCGUCCGAACCGAUGGCAUCAUGGACAAGAUAUUUUGCUCUGGCUAUGGCGACUUUGUCCGUUUUCCUGACGUCACGGUUGGGACCGGGUAUGGGAACGGGACUGCUUCAAGUUGUUGGGCUGUCGUCGGCCCACUCGUCGUCUCCACAGCCUUCCACGUCAGCGGUCGGGACUCGCCUUGUGAGUAAAAUGGACCAGACUGGGGAUCCGGAUACGGAUGUCCGUGUCAUCAAUGAGGAAGGAAGCAGCACGGAGAGGGCUGCCACCUCGGUCUCCAUGUCAAUCGCCAAGCUACGAGCACCGCGCUCGAACCAGUCGCUCGAAAGCUAUGUCGACCGCCAUAGCCAUGACCUUCGGGUGCGCAAGGACCUACAGACCGGUGUUGAGGCCUACUCCGAGGCAACUGGGGUACUUGGAAAUAGAACGGGAGGCGGACACCGAGGUGAAGUGGGAGGUGGAGGUGGCGGUGGAGGUGGAGCUGGACAGCCUGGACGUGAAGGUGGAGGUGGAGGUGGAGGUGGAGGUGGAGGUGGAGGUGGAGAUGGAGGUGGAGGUCUCCCUCUUCCCCUGAGGUGCCCGUGGACGAUUCUAUGGAGAUGGAUAGUGGCGGGGUCAAGGGUCCCGUCUUUCUCCUCCGUCUCCAUCGCCACCUCCACCUCCACCGUGAGCUCUUUGUGGACCACCUCCUUCAGCUCAUCUAUCGGUUCCCACCCUACGUCCUCCGCAGCUUCCUGUGACCCCUCCUCCUCCUGCAUACUCUCUGGCAUGCGGAAGCAACUGACAAACACCCCUAACAUCAGUGCGAGAAAGGCAACAGGGCAGCUCCUCCACUUCGGGACACGCGAGGAGAAGAGGCACAACCGUCAUCAUCGUGUCAGAACUGACGAGAGCGAGAGAAGUCUCACAUCUUCGAACGGCCAGGGCAAACGGCUGCUGACAAGUCUGGAUCAGGAUCAUCCAAGAAGAAUGUUACCCUCUACUCCACCUCCACCGCCAGGGCGAACUAGUAGAUCGCCACCACCACCACCUCCUCCUCCACCUCCACCACCACCACCACCUCCACCGCCAGGGCGAACUAGUACAUCGCCACCACCACCACCACCACCACCUCCUCCUCCUCCUCCUCCUCGGCCAUAUAUUCCUGGCACUUCCACUAGCGGUACUUCUACCACUGAAGAAGAUGAUCCGCCCACUACGACUGUAUCUAACACUUUUCCAACUGGGACUUGGGAUCACUCGGGUGCCAGCUGGAAUUGGAACCAAUCUGGUCCCAGCGGGACUUCAUCCCCCUAUGGUCCCACAGUAUAUUAUCCCCCGCCUGGCUUUCAGUCUCCUCAAUGGCCGCAGCAAGGUCUCGCCCAGGGCUCUUCAAGAUUGAACCAUCUUGUCCCUGUUGUUAUUUCGGUGCUUCUUUAUGUUUUACUCAGCGUAAUCGGAUGCUAGUGUUUAAAGAAGAAAAAAAAAAGGGUGGGGUGCUAGUGUGCGGCGGCUGCCCAUCUAAUGUCUGUACUAUGUGCUUGGAUCUAUCAGCGGGGUGCUCUACGACUUGUUUUUUUCUUCCCUCUCUGAUCAGCCAGGAUGGUGCUCCUGGCUUCGCUAAUGACGUUUUGAAUAUUUCGGUGUUUCCUGCAAUCGAGAGAGAGAGAGAGAGAGAGAGAGAGAGAGAGAGAGAGAGAGAGAGAGAGAGAGAGAGAGGGAGAAGGAAGAGAGAAACCAGCGAGAGGUGUUCUUGACACUUCUUGUGGCUCCUACGCACUCGAGGAAGAUGCCCUCUCUCCGCAUGCUCUCUCCGUUUUCUAUUUGUUUUUUUGUUUUUUUUUCCUACCGUUCGUGUCACGUUCACCUUGAUGAAACUCGUGGAUGAUGUUAUGUGCGGGACCUGUUUUCCUCCCGUUCUUUUUUUUAAUAAAUAAUAUCCACGAGG